AUGUCAGGAGGUCUUCUGUCUUUGGUGGCUCAGGGCGCCCAGGAUGCUUACCUCACGGGAAGCCCUCAAAUCACGUUCUUCAGGAUCGUCUAUUGCAGGUACACCAACUUUGCUUUGGAAGCCAUCGAGCAGACAUUCAAUGGCGCGGCUGAUUUCGGCCGCCGCGUCACGGCCACGAUUUCUAGGAACGGGGACCUGGUGACCACGAUGUAUCUGCAGGUCACCCUGCCGGCGCUGACUUCGACCACGACGCAUACGGAGCUGCGUUACAUCAACUCGGUGGGCCACGCCCUCAUGCGAAACGUAGAGGUGGAGAUUGGAGGUCAGAAGAUCGACAAGAUCCCAUCCGAGUACAUGGAGAUCUUCCACCAGCUGUCGAUGCCCGAGGAGAAGAGGAAGGGUUACGAGGAGAUGGUCGGCCAGCCGAGCAACAGCGACACGGUCCCGUCUUCCAACAGGACCACCGCUGACACGGCCCUCUUGAACCUCAAUCACUCCACCACGCUUUACAUCCCGCUCUUCUUCUGGUUCAACCGAGUGCUAGGGAACGCUCUGCCGCUCAUCGCCCUUCAAUAUCACGAAAUCAAGGAGCUGAUCUGGACAUGCACACCAAGCGCCAGCGCAUCUGCCGACCCCGUUGCCGGCAACAUGUGGUUCGACGGCGGAGAGCAGAAUUCGGGAACCGACCUGAUGACGACCGGAAAGAUCCUGCUCAACGGCCACGACCGCUUCCAGGAGCGGGCCGCCCCCUACUUCCGCCUGGUGCAACCGUACCAGCAUCACACCAGGAUCCCCAGUUGA